AUGGCCAAGAAAAGAGAUAAAACGAUAGCAGUAGCAACAAUAACAACAACAACAAUAAACAACAACAACAACAAGAAGAAGAGCAACAAUAAACAACAACAAAAACAACAGAAACAACAACAAACAACAACAACAACAAUAGAAACAACAAUAAUAGAAUUCUGUUAA